CAGCCUAGACGUGAAUGAACUGAGUGCAUUGUGUGUGAUGCUCUGAUGCUGUGACAUGAAUGCAGUGGACCGACCACUGUGCUCGCAAAUGGACAGUUUAUGAUAUUUUAAAGCUAAUGGUAGGCUCUUUGGCGUUCAGGGUGCACUCAUGAUGCACUAUUCAAACUGGCUUAUUGGCGUGAAAAACAGGGCAUGUCUUCGAAAUGCAUGUAAAACACCCCCUAACACCGACUGGGACAACAGGGGAAAUGUUCUGGACGUGCAGAAUAACAACCCGCAACCUUGUGAAAAGGCAUCCGAGCUAGCGAUCAACACCCACCUCUGGAAAAAGGGCUACAAACUACUGAAGAAAAUUGGGGAGGGCACAUUCUCAGAGGUGGUGAAAACCCAGAGUCUGAAAGAUGGCAAAUUCUACGCCUGUAAAACAAUGAAACAGACGAUUAACAGCCUGGAGCAGGCAAACAACCUGCGGGAGGUCCAGGCGAUGAAGAGAUUGAGCCCACAUGCAAAUAUAAUCCAGCUACAUGAACUAAUUUUUGACAAAGAAACAGGAACCGUGUCACUGAUUUGUGAGUUGAUGGAGAUGAACAUCUAUGAGUUUAUUCAAGGAAGACAAACGCCACUGCCAGAUCAAACAGUGAAGCACUACAUGUACCAGCUGUGCAAGUCACUUGAACAUAUGCACAGCUGUGGGAUUCUUCCACAGAGAUGUGAAGCAGAAAACAUCCUCAUCAAACAAAACAUUCUGAAGCUCGGAGACUUCGGCUCCUGUCGGAGUGUGUACUCGAAGCCUCCACACACAGAGUACAUCUCUACUCGCUGGUACCGCGCCCCAGAGUGCCUUCUCACUGACGGCUACUACAGCUUAAAGAUGGACAUCUGGAGCGCUGGUUGUGUCUUUUUCGAAAUCAUGAGCUUGAAUCCUCUCUUUCCUGGGAGUAAUGAGUUGGACCAGGUCGCCAAGAUCCAUGACGUCCUGGGGACCACAGAUCAAAGUCUGCUACAAAAGUUCAAGCAGUCUAGAGCGAUGCAUUUUAACUUUCCUCCAAAGAAAGGAACUGGGAUCUCCCGUUUGAUCCCGAACUGCCCGGCCCCUGCUCUGUCACUGCUCUAUCAGAUGUUGGCCUAUGACCCUGAUGAGCGCAUCACUGCAGAAACAGCUCUGCGGCACACUUACUUUAGGGAAAUCAGGCUAACAGAGAAGAAAGCUGAGGACACUUCUCAGAGUUGGGAAUGGGAUGGACUAGGAAGUAGCGGGAUGCACAACUCUUUAGAGCACAUUUGGCGCCCAACCAGACUUGGUCGACAAAUGAGAGGAAGACAUACAAGACCAAACGCCUUUGAGUCACAUAAUAUCAAGCACGCAGGAGAACCGCUCAUCAGACGGAACAUCCCUCAUUACCCGACGGAGCUGCCCAAACUCAACAUGGUGGUACCAGGACCGCAGAUCUCCUUCCCAGUCUCCACUAUGCCUGCAUUUACUGUGACUCACCGUGGAACACUGCCAGCCAUCACAUCGAAAAAGUGCCAGUCACGGUUGGUCAAGCCCAGGGAUGAGUCACACCGAGCAGCUUUCAAGAGUUACUACAUGCCACCUCUGGAUCGGAAACACAGAGGCUACUGAGAGCCAAAAACACUUCAGCGUUUGAUUAAAAAGGCCUCUUUAAACAGGAUAGACCUGUGCGGAUAUAAACACAUUAUCUGAGGACAGUGUUGGACAGCCUUGAUGAGGAAAAAGCACAAACAAGCUGAGAAACAUGCAUCGAAGACCGCAAAUCCUGUACCAGUUAUGACUGCGACACCAAACGCUUUAACCCUUAUUGUAUGAUGAAAUUCAAUGUGCUGUGUACAAGAAAAUAUUAUACUCUGUUACAUUAUGCUGAUGUGAGAGUGUGGAUUAGAUUAGUUACAACCACCAGUUUGCCUGACUUAGUCGGGUUGUUACAUGUUUACAACAGUAUGAACAAGUACUUUAAUCUGAGCCUGUUACACAUGCUGAGCAAUAAGGAGGCUUAGAUAUGAUAUGAGAAGAGCUGAAGAUCAGAAACAGCCACCUGGGAAAUUCAUAAAGUAUACACUGAGAUUUAAUCCUUUUGUACUUUUAGUCACUAAGGAUUAAUUCAGCUUUUAGACACUGAUAAAAAAACACCACAGCGCUAAGCAUCUAAAUUCACAUGAAUCAAGAAAGUAUUCCUUUUCCUUAGUGAUGAAUGGGAGGAGACAGCAGAUACCAGACAUCUGCAUAUAUACAUGUUCAUUCUGAGAGAGAAAUGAAAUAAGGCAGGGUGUUUUAUUUUGCAGCAACCUGACAACAGUAACUAAAUACACAGAAACAUGUCAGUGACUAUAAGGGGCCAAUCAGGAUUCUGUUGAAGUGAAUUUCAGUGACUAACAGAAGAAAACACCAACACGUAAAUCAGAAUUACAAGACCAUGAUCUCAUAGUUAUGAUAAAAGUUUAGCUUAAUAUUAACUGUUAUGACAUGACAAAUGCUGAUUUUUUACAUCUAAAUACUGAUAUAAGUAGUGUUGUCAGGCACAACAUACCCCACCCCUCGCACAUAUUUUGCCCAUUAUGAGUAAAUGGGAAGAUUUUUAAAACUUCAUAAAAAAUUUGAACUUUGACCUACUGUUCCUAAAACGUAAUGAGAUCCAUUCUGGGUCACUGGCAACAUAUAAAGUCAAUUUGGUAUGAAUUCAACCAAUAGUUUUGCUGCUAUGGACAUUGAAAUUUAGCACAUUAGAAGUAAAUGCGGAAAAAAAAAAAAAAAGUUUUAAAAAUUCAUAAAAAACUGUAAAUUUGACCUACUUUUCCCAAAUGUAAUGAGAUCUAUGUCUGGAUCCACUGGCAAAUAUAUAACCAAAUCUGGUAUGA